CCCCAAGACCCCCCCGAGCAGAGGGACUGAAGACCCCACAGGAGGAGCAGCAUGGGCCAGUGCAACUGCCGCAAGAAGCGCAAGGACAGCCAGGAGCUCACCGAUGUGGAGCGCGCCAUCGAGACCGUCAUCAACCAGUUCCACUGCUACGCUGUGAAAGGGCAGAAGGAGUACCUGACCCCCAACGAGAUGCGGGAGCUGGUGGUGCAGAAGCUGCCCCAUUUGGGGAAGUGCGUUGGACCCCUGGAUGAGAAGAUCGAGUGCAUGGGAGACCCUGAUGAGGCCAAACUGGAGUUCGGGGAGUACUGGGACAUGAUGGGGGAUGCAGCCAAGGGCUGUCGGAGGAAGUAGGGCCGGGGGGGGGUGGGAAGGCGCCGCUUCGGCCCCGCGCCACGAGGAGCUCCUCGGCCCCGCAGCGCCGCAGCGAGAGGGACUUUGCUCCUUUCCCCCAAACCCCUCCGAUGUGGGGCUCCGGAUCAGCACCGAUGGCACCGUCAGUGGUUUGGGGGUGUUUUCUGCCCCCCCCUCUCCAUCCUGGUGACCGCAGUCCCUGCACGGGUGUGGGGUCCCCGUGCCCCCUCUGAUGGCUGCGCUCGGGGUGGGCCGGUGGCGGGAUGUCAGCUGCUUGCGGCACAUGCAACCGUUUUUGUAUAAAUUAAUAAAGGAAAAAUGGAACAAAACAACAGCUGGAAUGGGACGGCCUUGCUCUGUCAUGGGAAAAAGGGAGAGGGAGGGACGGGGCUGCGCUGCUGGGCUGCGCGUCCCACUGCAGAGCACGAGGGUGCGAGGUGCA